AGAGGAGCGUUCAAAACUCGCGAUGGAGUAUAUCUCAUCAGACCGUUGGUCGAAAGAAAUCCAGGAUUGGACGAAACAGGCUCAUAUACCAGACGUCACGUGGUUACGGAUCAUUUAGCAACAUUAUCACAACCAAAUGGAAAAUCUCAUUGGGGUCUUGGUAAGUAUUUGAUGAAUAUGUUAGCCAUGAAACUGAUUUAUACCUCGUCUUGUCAUCAAGAAAAUUUUAAGCGAGAUAAAUUUACGUAUAAUAGAGUCGUCCAGUUACAAAAUAUGACACAAUCAGUCAGUUUUCAAUUCGCAACGAAAUUGUUGUCUCGACAAAGCGAUGACGUCAAAACUCCAAUCAAAUUUCCUGACAUUCUUUUGGAAUGCGAGUUUAACAUAAAAUGCGUCUCUCAAUCAACGUUUUGUGGAUAACAGAACAACUAAUUUGACAUAAAAAUUAUCUUGUUAAAAGCCGUAGUUUCAUAAAGUCGCUUUGCCAGCGCGUGUCGAGCGAACAUUCUUACAUGCACUGCGGCUGUUCAGCUUCGCCAGCCCGCUUUAGUUUGAAUUGCAUUCAGUACACGCGUCUAAUAAACACACGUGACUUGUAAAGGUCGCUCCGCAAAGGCUUUUGAUUCGAAUCCUAGCAGACAGAAGGUCUAUAUACUUAUAUUUUGACUGUACCGGUCCAAGUUAACAAACGCCUUUUUAACUGGACGUCCCAGACUACUAUAUGGCGGUAUCGAUGAAAAGCUUCUUUGUAACCACACUGUACUGUAUAUUUCGGUGGAUUUGCAUUCAUUUCCGUGUGUUUACAACCGUUCUAUAGCCAUAGAAUAGCAGACAUAAACAUCACACACAGGACAUAAUAUUUAUCUUACCAUCGCAUAGUAAUUUACCAUGAAAUACCCGGUGCCCUUUUAGCUGUGUGGUCUGCAGGCCUAGAUUGAAAAAUCAGCAUGCGCGGUAGACAUGCCUCACUUUAUUUGUGAUCUUUUGACGUGAGAAUACCGAGUCUACUAGUGUUUGAUGUAGAGAAAAUGGAUAAUAUAAAUGCAAGCGUCGAGAGUUUACAAACGCGGUAGGUUCGUUUGGCAGGACAUUUCUUUGCUGGUGCGUAAAGGCAGGCGUGGUCAAAUGAAAGAGUUGAUCAGAGCCGUAACUCUCGCUCGCUUCAAACGGCUAACUUUCGAUCUCAUCAUCUCUCAUCACAAAUACAAAACGUUUCAAUUCUAAUCAUCAAAAUGUAUUUUAUCGUCAAAUAUAUUAUUUACGGCCAUGAUAUUUUGUCAAAUGAAUAUAGAAGCUCGUUGUUUUCCACAAAAAAAAUCGCAGCCAAAAGUAAAUCUACAAGGACCCAGUACGAACUGAUAUCCGAGCUGAUAUCAACUUUGAAAAUUUUUUUUGUUAAAAUGAUAGUCUUUUCACGUUUGAUCGAAAGGAGACUUGCAUCAACCCAUCAGUAUUUUAAACCUCGACAAUGGUCUAGGCCUGUUAACGUUAGUAUUUUUUUUAGCGCUUCACGCUUGCUUGUUAGUUUUGGCGAAAAUACGAGACGGCGGUCGGAAGCUAAUGCUUUUUGGCCAUUUUCCAUAUUAAGAUUUGGCUUGAUGUUGAAUGCGGGGACUAGCAACAGCAUGGAAUGAUUUUCACGGCGCCAUCUGAGUGCGUAAGAUAAUAGGAUUUCACUUGUUGUAUACACUAUGUAAUUCUGACAUCUUGUGAUUAUGUAUACACUAUUGCGCAGAUUAUGUAUUGCUUGUUAAUCCCGCCAUCUUUCAUCGCUUAUCUAGCGCGCACCUUAUUAUAAUGAAGUUAUGUCAUGUUCUCUAUUCAAAUUUGUACAUAUGGGAAAACGCAAUUGCUUUAUAUAGCAAAUGACGUUUUUGGCGCGCGUCGCUUUUAAAUACUCAUUUCUCCGUGGAGACAAUCACUUAUCAAUCUUACACCUUACACCAAAAAAAACACACGCAAACCCGGCGUACGUUUUAAUACAACUCAAGUGAAUAAACAGAUUUAACACUCAAUCCUUUAGGCCCUUUGUGUUUACGUUUUGGAAGCUUUAGUCGCUUCAAACUAUGUUUGGAAGUGAAGUCAUCCGUGGAAUGGUUGGAUUUCGGGUCCUUUAGGAUUAUUUUUACCUUAAACAACAAGACUGGGGAAUAUUUUCAAUUGUUCACACACGCCUACCAAUAAGUAAUAUAUACAGCAUGCGCGGUCUACUACCCGGAACGCGAAUGCUUUAAGGAUUUCAGUAUAACGUGAGGAUUUCAACAGUUUUGUUUUGAGAAAUUGUUCAAAAAGUAGUGAUUUUAAUAUUAUCGAAGAAAAAUUUUGUGCAAAUCAGGAAAAUUUUGUAUAUGUAAUAUGUGGAUACAGUACUUCAUUAAACAUUCUUUUCAAUUUUCUUCAUGAAUUGUUAAUGAGUUUUUCAAAUAUUUCUGUGACAUAAGCUCCCUAAGCCAGGAUCUUCAUGGAUUUGUACGGAUGGAAAUUUCUAGUGGAGUUUUCAUGGGACACUUGCCAAAAAUGAAACUAUCGAACCUGCGUCCCUCUAACCAACUGAGCUACAUAGAGACAGUUGUCGAGCUCUAACCAACUGAGCUACAGAGAGACAGUUGUCGAGCUCUAACCAACUGAGCUACAGAGAGACAGUUGUCGAGCUCUAACCAACUGAGCUACAGAGAUAUAGUUGUCGAGCUCUAACCAACUGAGCUACAGAGAGACAGUUGUCGAGCUCUAACCAACUGAGCUACAUAGAGACAGUUGUCGAGCUCUAACCAACUGAGCUACAGAGAGACAGUUGUCGAGCUCUAACCAACUGAGCUACAGAGAGACAGUUGUCGAGCCCUAACCAACCGAGCUACAGAGAGACAGUUGUCGAGCUCUAACCAACUGAGCUACAGAGAGACAGUUGUCGAGCUCUAACCAACUGAGCUACAGAGAGACAGUUGUUGAGCUCUAACAACUGAGCUACAGAGAGACAGUUGUCGAGCUCUAACCAACUGAGCUACAGAGAGACAGUUGUCGAGCUCUAACCAACUGAGCUACAGAAAGACAGUUGUCGAGCUCUAACCAACUGAGCUACAGAGAGACAGUUGUCGAGCUCUAACCAACUGAGCUACAGAAAGACAGUGUAGAGCUCUAACCAACUGAGCUACAGAGAGACAGUUGUCGAGCUCUAACCAACUCAGCUACAGAGAGGCCAGUUGUCGAGUUCUAACCAACUGAGCUACAGAGAGACAGUAGUUGUCGAGCUCUAACCAACUGAGCUACAGAGAGACAGUUGUCGAGCUCUAACCAACUGAGCUACAGAGAGACAGUUGUCGAGCUCUAUCCACAAGUGUGAUGCCUGAUGGCAAUGUAAGGUGUAUCCGUAAAUCAGUAUCACGAUUUUGACCAUCUCACUAGAAAAAACCUGAUAUUUAAUUCUAAACGAGCAUAUAGCCCAUAUAUGAGCAACAAUCACUGUUUGAAUAGCAAUCGAUAACACACUCAUACUGUGUGAACACUGAACAUGUAGACACGAAGUCUAAGAAGUAAAUAAUGACCUCUCGUCACGGACAUUAACAGCUAAAGCAUAGAUUGUACACUUCCGUUGCUCAGGCCUGCUUAUCCAUUUAAUUUUGAAUCAACAGACCCCUAAUGAGUAGUAUGUCAUGCCCGAUAUUCCCAGAUGCUUGCGAGUUUCUGAAACUAAAAUCAAGUAAUUUGUAAAAGAAUUAAUAUUUAUCACGGGAGCGAUGUCGCGUCAAUUUCUUGCAAGCGUUUGAUGUAAAAAUCCGUAUGAAAGCCAUUGAUUAACUAUAUCAAUGAGCAAAAAGAUAAGUCUAUUACCACCUAUGGAUAAAUACGGUUUUUCGCAUUUCAUUAUUAAUUCAUACUUCCUGUAGACUCACACUAGACUGGUAGGAAUCUAACAAUUUAGUUUAUUUUAUACAAUAAGCUGUAAACAAGAUUAUAUAUUGGGCUAAUAAAAUGGCAUUAUACCGAUUGACUCAUAGCAAAUUGGCUUAUAGCAAGAUGUCUGCUAUAACAAAACAUUUAAAACACGAACUUAACAACGUAUAAAUCAUAAAACAAUGGAGAUUUAGGACAUCAAAUAGUAUUAUUAAUUGAAAACACAUUAGUAUUCCAGCAUUCCGCCAAUCCUACAAGUGGCUGCCUUAAUCGGCAGGUAACGUUCUAUAAAACUUGUGUUAGUAUACUGCGCAAUGAAAACACACCUCUUACGGUAUUAGUGUAAUUAAAGGAAACAGGGUCGCGUCAGUGGGUUAAAGCUAUUCAGCAUCUUUAGAUAAACAAUUUAUUUUAUGCUCUAUAAACUUUGCAGCUGUGCGGUUCUUUAGCAUUUUGCGCGCCUCACUACUGCGUCGUUGCGCUAUUAGUAUUAGCGAUACAAUAUGGGUGGCCUGUGUUUUUUAACACUUGUUUAAACUAUCAAAGUUUGAAUUUGCCACCUCUUUCAAAACUUUAACGCUGCUUUAAACUGUCAAUGUUUCUGUGAUCACAGUAGGAAUUUUGCAUUGGCAAAUUCUAAGUUUUGAAGGAUUUGUAAAAAAAUGUUUGAAGAAACUGACUGUGUUUAACACCGAGUCAGAUUCCUCAAACAUUUCUUACAAAUCCUUGAAAACUUAGAAUUUACCCAUGCAAAAUUCCUACUGUGAUCACAGAAACGUUGACAGUGUACACCAGACUUACAUUAUCAAAUAUGCUUUAUAAAUAUUAGAAAUAUGCUUUGAACAAAGUUUGCGACAUUUUGUACAACUAUCUUAGCUCUUUAGCUCUUUAAUAAUUAUAUUUUAUCGCCAUGCAAACAUUCAAAGAACUUAUCUUAGCUCUUUGUUAUAUAUGCAAAUUAUUCUCGCUAUGGCGUCAAAUUGCACCAUGUUUCUGAAAAAAAAACUUUCAAUAACUCUUUUAGAUAAUUUAUUCCAAUUUGUCGACACACAAUAUAUAUUUAUAGUAUAUUGACAUAACACAUACGUACGGUUUUAUGAUUUCGACGCACAAUAUCCUAAGAUCUUGAAGAUUUUUCAGAAAGUCGUUAUUUAAUGUGAUUUCAUAGUGGUGAUAAUUUGCAUGUCAAAAAUUGUUACUGAUAUCUCAAGUUCAUGAUAGAUAGUUUGCCAAAGUAUCUUAUUUUCUCAUUUUGAAUUUUCUUUUCGUUGCAGUCAUAAAAAUGGUGUGAAACUUCGUCUCAUAAGAAUUUUAAGACUAAAUGUCAACACGGAGAAAUAGUUAUCAUAUAUGGCUUACCACACAAAAACACGUUCAAAAUAUUUCAUAGGAUUUGCCGAUUAUAACAAAACAUUUUCACUGCUUAUUAAACGCGUUAUCACAACUUUUCCUUGUACAUUCUUGCAAACUGCUAUAGCAAAUAUUAUUUUUGAAAACAAUUUAAUUCGUAAUCCUUGGUUAACAAGCAAACAAAACAGCCGCGAACGAUGUUAACGAGCUUUCCAUGUGCGUAUAGAUUGCGAUUACAUCAAACUACUUGUGCGGCCAUUUUUUUAACUUCUCGCACGCCGGGUGUAGAAAAAUAUCAAAAUUAGUUGGCUUAUAUACCGGAAUUCGUGGUGUUUACUUUUCGCGGGGUUCAGCGAAAUCAAUUUUCAGUUAAGCACAAAGGGUUAACAUUUACUUUUCAGCAGUAGCACAAAGGGUUAACAUUUACUUUUCAGCAGUCUCGCGCAGCAAGGGUAAUAACUGGUGUCACUUACGAUGUAAGGUCACUUGACAUUCUUAAUACCCUGUCUUGGGAGACACUUGAUAACAGAAGAAAUAAAUCCAAGGCUGUGUUUAUGUACAAAGUGUUAAAUGACCACGCUGCCCGGGUCAAAAAGAAUCUUUUUACAAAAGGAAUGUGACACAAAAUACCUACAAUCUCAGAAAUAGCGAAAAUGAUUUAACUCUUCCAAAACCUAGAACAGAAUAUCUAAGAAGAAGCUUUAAGUACAGCGGCGCUAUGUUAUGGAAUGACAUUUCGUCUGCAGCUAAAUCGGCGGUUACUCUCGACUGCUUCAAAAAAAAGAGAUAGGUGCAAGCUAGAGGAUGAUUCUGUGCUAUACGUGCUAAACUAACUCUUGUAUAUAGUAUUUUUAAAUUGUAACUUUUUAACUUAAUUAUUUUCUUUGUAUUGUUUGUGUGACGCCCUUCGUGGAAAUCAGCACUAUGUUGACGCUAUAUUCAGCUUUGCAUGGGCCCGGAAAUAGAGGACACAUAUUUGGCUGCACUAUUUUAAACUGCAGUAAAUAUUUCUGCUUGCAAACUCUACCGAAUGUUUGGGUACAGGGACAUGCUGGCCAGGGACGAACCGACGAGAACUUGUUGUGGGUCCCUAUGCCAUCAUGGGCUCCUAAAAUUAACACAUUGGAAAAGAUAAAAAAAUAUAGAUUUUAAUUUUGAAAAUCAAGGAAAUACAAAGAAAACUUGCAUGUUAGACUAACUUUAAUCUAAGUAAAGAGAAGGGAAUCGAACACCACAGCUAAAAAGAACAUAAUGAAAUUAGUAAAAUUGCAAAAUUUGGUUGCGAAAUGUCGUAAAGCUUGAAAAAUGUAGCCUUGCAAAGUUUGAAAAUUUCGUAUAUAUUUGUAUUACGUGCGGAAAGUGUCACCAUUUUCGGCUCAAAAAUGGCCAACAAUUUCCUCACGUAAUACAAACAUAGAAAAUAUGCAAACUUCGCAAGGCUAUAUUUUUCGUAUUUUACAACAUUUCGUAAGCAAAUUUUGCAAUUUUACUAAUUUUAAAAAGUUCUUUACGGGAAUUUACUUUUUUGCCUAGACCAGAAAUUAGUCUAACAUAUGAGUAUGAAAAACUUUAUUUUAGUAGGGUAAACCCUUCAGCGCUACAAGUAAUGCUGUUAUCAACAGGUGCCCUACAUGCCAACAAGUUAAAAUAUACAAAGGUAGAAUACUUAAUAAUUACAUCCCGAUCAAUCCGAAGUUUUCCGUAAUAAUUUUUGGGUACCUUUCCAAGAGAUCAAGAGGGAAGCUGUCUGCUCACAUCAUCUACCUAUACUACCCAGGCUCGUGGUUGGUUGAUUAUAACAGUGAAAGACAAUAAAACUAUAGAAAUUGUCUUUCUAAAGAACGAGUCACGAACAAUGAUCUUUUUGUUUCUGAAAGCCAAUCACAAAACGUGAUCAUUUUAGGUUGAUCUUUACCCCACUUGUGAUGCUCGCCUAUUAACCAGUCUUCUGUUCUUCUUUACAACACAGACGAGGAUCUACUGGUGAACAGAACAAACACUAACACCACCAAAGUACCCCAAUCUUUACCAAGUUCACAAGAUGCAGUUCGUCACCGUUCGAGAAGAGAAGUUAUCUUUCAAGGAGCACAGUCUUAUCCACGCUACGUCGAGGUGAUGGUCACUGUUGAUAAAUCAAUGUUGGAUCAUUACGGCAGCGAAUUUGAACUAAAGAGAUACAUACAGACUAUAAUGGGUGUGGUGAGUGAUUUUCCUAAUUAUUAAAGUAUCUGCAUGACUUCUCCCUAUCUUCCAAUAAUUCUCCCUAGUCUGGCUUUGUUACAGGACGAAACGUAACUAAGUGGAUAGCUAUCUCUAAACUGUUCUCCCUAGAGGUCCAGUAAGAAUCAUCUCUUAUUGAUCCAGUGUUACUACAGGAGGAAACCUAAACUAACUUUAUUUAUACUGGAUAGGUCUAUCAGUUCUAAACUGUUCUUCCUAGAGGUCCAGUAAUGAUCAUCUCUUAUUGAUCCAGUGUUACUACAGGAGGAAACCUAAACUAAACAAACUUUAUGUAUACUGGAUAGCUUUAUAUCAGUUCUAAACUGUUCUUCCUAGAGGUCCGGUAAGGAUCAUCUGUUAUUGAUUCAGUGUUACUACAGGAGGAAACCUAAACUAAACUAACUUUAUUUAUACUGGAUAGUUCUAUCAGUUCUAAACUGUUCUCCCUAGAGGCCCAGUAAGAGUCAUCUCUUAUUGAUCCAAUGUUACUACAGGAGGAAGCCCAACUGGAUAAGCCAUCCCUUUCUACUCCAGGAGGAAACCUUUGGUAGAGUAAAACUGGAAACAAGCCCUAAAUUUGGUUCGUUCCAUGCCCUUCAUCUUUGUAAAAAAUUUUCUUGUUUUAGGUCCAUGAUAUAUUUCUUGAUCCAAAGAUCGGCAACUCGAUUGAAAUUGUCUUAACUGGAAUAAAGAUACUGAAGAAUGACGAGGUAUGAUUUUGCUUAAAAGUACAUGGGAAACAGGACAUAAAUGCUGAAUUAACUCUGAGAUCCCAAAGAUAGUUCAAAGUUCCAAAGAACAUUUUCUAAUUGCAGGAUUUAAGAAUAACAAGUGAUGCGAAGAAAUCAUUACGAGCGUUCUGCGUUUGGCAACAUAAACAAAACAUUGAGUCUGAUUCAGAUGCUGGUCAUUAUGAUACUGCUGUUUUAAUUACAAGGUAAAUAUAUUAAAAUAUCUAUUUAAAAUGAAUUAUUAUUAGUAGUGGAAAUAGUUAUUAUAGAUAGCUAAUAAAAGCCUACUUUGGGGGCCAAGGUCGCCGUUAUUAUGUGAAACAUUGUGCGACAUUAGCAAUUUUCAAAGAAAAGUAGUAUAUGCGAAACUGGGCGAUAUUAAGCGUAAUUAAUUAGGCAAAUAGACUGUCAGGCAAAGUUCAAAUAUUGGGUGCACAUGGGCGAAAUUAGGCGACCUUGGCCCCCAAAGUAGGCCUUAAUAAUGAUUUUCUAUCUUAUGUUACGUUUUGUACAUACUAAUUAUAUAAAUUCUUUCUUUUGUUUUUUCUUCAUAGAAAAAACAUUUGUCGACAGAACGGCCACUGUGAAACAUUAG